AUGGACAGCAUCAUUGAGCUCAUGCUCUUCCUCUUCUCGGUCCUUCUCGUCAAAAGCCUGCAGAUGCCAACAACUCGAAAACUCGUCGUUCUUUCCUCUUUCGCUGUUCGUUUACCUCUCCUCGUAUUCACAUCUCUACAUCUUUACCAUCUGCAAAAAUAUGCCUACUCCAUGAACCCGACACUAGACAUAAUCGACGGCUACGUCUGGACCCAAAUGGGCAUGAAUUACGCCCUCAUCGUGUGCACCUCCUUCUGCCUCGCCCCCUUCAUGCGCGCCAUCAGCGUCACCUACGGCAACGCAGGGGAAGUCACCCUUGGCACCAGCAGCGCUAGAUCCAAGUCGGGCAAAUACGCUCGGGAUGUAUCGAAGCAGUCCCAGAGCUACGUUUUGCAGUCAAUGGAUAAUCAGGAAGAGGCGGGCCACGGCAUGAACAACCCCCGACAUUCCCAACCUACAUUUGUGCCCGAACGAUACGGUGGCAUGCUCAGCACUACUGCAAACGAUGGCAGUAGUCGAACGGACGGGGAUAGCGUGGCUAGUUCGGAGAGCACGAAGAUGAUUAUUAAGAAGGAUGUUGAGUAUACUGUUACUCAUGAGCCGAGAUAA